AUGCCCACCAUCCAGGAAAGCAUCCAAAACAUUCGCGACAGGCUCAAGGACCCGCAACCUGAAGUCCUUGAUGCCCUGACUAGGGAGAACCCGCAGGACCGCCACUACGCGGAGAAGUGGCUUGCGUAUCAUCGCCGCCCGCCACGUGGGCCCUCCACAGAGCCGAGAGAGCCGAGAGAGCCGGGGAGCCGGGAGAGCCGGGAGAGCUGGACGAAGGAGCCAUCGUCUGGCUCCCCGCGCCGGUUGGAGCGGCUUCUCAGCCCUCAGUUCAACUAUUUCGGCAAGGCAGAAAAAACGGAGUGGGAGCUAGGCAGCAUCCUCGGGGGGGAGAGGCUCGACAAGUAUUGGACGCUCGGGCGCCAUCGACCACUCGGAAUCCUGACCCGCCACUUCGUCAAAGCCCAGUGGGAACAGCUCGGCAUCUGGAAUCCUGAAUGGGGGUUCCCCGGGCGCAACCAACAGGAGCCCGGCGAUUUUGCCGACAAGCGGCGGUGGCCGUGGGAGCAGGCUGAGGACGACGACGAAGGCAUAUCGAGACAGCGGCACGAGGCCAUUGUGCGCGCUGUGCGCGAGCGCCGAAACCUGUGCCGUGGGAGGUGGGCUCCCGUGGCCCCGCGGCGACACCCCGGGCCCGAUACUUCGGCCGCCGAAGCAUACUCAUUCCUGACGAGCAGGCCCUGGUUCAUCUACAAGCUCGACCUAGAAGUCGAACUGACCAAGCUGGAACGCCUCCAGCACGGCUAUGGCAGCAUAAUAUACCGGGGAACGGCCAUUUGGGAGCGCGACCAGCUCUGGAAACGUGAGGGCGAAUCCAGCCAACCUGAGCGCUACUGGGUCCGCAGCCACUCUUCCUCGCCCAUUCCUGGACAAGUAGAAUGCCCAAGCCGUUUUCCGAGGUCGCCUUCUCCCAUACCUUCUUCGCCUUCUUCUCCUACGUUUUCGCCUCGGACGCAAUUCGCCCGGCUGGGGCCGAUGCCCGACAUCUACAGCAUUGAGGGCUCCAAAAAGCUCCCGAUGUGGCGAAUGCACAGGGGCUUGAUCGAGCGCAGGUUGCGCGAGGCGGAGGGGCAAGACGCAAAGCUACCCGACCUGUGGCCUGCCCCGCCUCCUCUGUCUCCUCGCUCGCGGCUUGAGCGGCUGGGAGAGGCGCCCGAGCCUGAGCCGGGCCCCUACCCCGGGUGGCGCCUUUUUGAGUGGGAAAAGAUGAAGGGUGAAAUCGUCGCCGACAUGGAACAGUGGGUUCGAGAAGGGCGGUACGUUUCCGCCGCCGCCGCCGGGCCCGGUCGCUCCGCUGCUCCCUCGGAGCCAGACGCUCCCGAGCCCGUCUCGGCCCAAGACGAGCAGCCACCGGCCAAGCGCGCACGCCUCAGCCGGCCGGCGGUGGCGGCGGCGGCGGAGGCGAGGACGGCCGCUCCAGCCAGGCGCGGCGGCCGUGGCGGCCGGCGCGCCCGCCGAUCCCCCGAGCCUGGGCCCGAGACGGUGCUGCCGUCGGUGGAGACCGAGGUUGCGGUUGCCGAUGCUUCCGAGAGCCGCGCGGCCGCCCGAAGAAGCCCGUCGGUGCCGACACUCCAGCAGCCGACGCCGCGUAGGGGCAGGAGCAAGAGGCUAGGCUGAUGGAGGGGAGGGGGGUUGGUGGUGAUGCCCAAGGUGUGGGCGGGCCCCGGGGGAAGAGGGGGUUCCGCGCGGAGCAUGUACGAGUAUGAGGUCGACCUGGAGGUACAAC